CGAUCGAUCUUCAUUUCCCAAAAACAAAUCGAUCGGCUAGGCCUCCUUCUGUUCUGUCAUCGUCGCUAGCUAGAAUUUCGUCAAGUUGUAGUACUACUCGUCUUACCUGGGUACUGCUUUUAUCCAUUGGUAGCUAGUAACAUUCCCUCCAUCCACAAGUAAUAACUACCUGAUUUGUGGCACAGUGCAAUUAUCAUUCUAGUUAGACGAGGCAUAAUCAGUGAUGGAAGGUAUAGAACCAGGCUCGGAGCAACCCAGCCAAGAGGACUACUACUCUCAUUUGGGGAAUUUUGAAGUAGAGAAAAAAAUCGGCAAGGGUCAAUUUAGUGUGGUUUACAGGGCAAAAUCACUUGUAGAUAGUUCCAUCAUUGCACUCAAAAAAGUCCAGAUCUUUGAAAUGAUGGAUGCAAAAGCAAGACAAGAUUGCAUAAAAGAAAUAGAUUUAUUAAAGCAAUUGAAUCAUCCAAACGUGAUUAAAUAUUUGGCGUCGUUCAUUGAAAAUAAUGAAUUAAACAUAGUAUUAGAGCUUGCAGAUGCUGGCGACUUAGCUCGUAUGAUUAAGCAUUUCAAGAAACAGAAGCGUUUGAUUCCGGAGAAAACUAUAUGGAAGUAUUUUGUGCAAUUGACAGCUGCCCUCAAGCACAUGCACUCGCGCCGUGUCAUGCAUAGAGAUAUCAAGCCUGCCAAUGUGUUCAUCACAGCCAGUGGAGUGGUGAAACUGGGUGAUCUCGGUCUAGGUCGGUUCUUCAGCUCAAAGACAACAGCCGCCCACUCUCUUGUGGGUACACCCUACUACAUGUCUCCUGAACGCAUUCAUGAAACUGGCUACAACUUCAAGUCAGAUGUAUGGUCUGUGGGAUGUUUACUGUAUGAGAUGGCUGCUUUGCACUCACCAUUCUAUGGUGAUAAGAUGGACCUAUUUUCAUUGUGUAAGAAGAUAGAAAAGUGUGAAUAUCCACCAUUAGAAGCUUCUCUAUACUCACGACAGUUACGUGAGCUUGUUCAGUUGUGUAUUAAGGCUGAUCCUGAGGAGAGACCAGAUAUAGAUUAUGUACAUGACGUUGCUCAGCGAAUGCAUUCCAUCAGCGUCCAAUAAACCCAAUCCUAUGAGUACUAGCAUCACCAUGGUAAUUCCAAAUUAUGUUCCUAAAUGUAAUACAGUCAUUUCUCCCUGCAAAGUAUCUCUCCCCCCCCCCACCCACCACCCCCACUCCUUCAUUGAAAUUGAAUAUAUGAAUAAGAGAUUCCAAUCCAUCACUUCCUCAAAGUCAUCCCCAGAAUGAAAUUAUUUGAUGUACUGUGUUUCCUGUAAGACUGAAUUUGACUGUUUGAAUAAUUAAUUAUAAUUAAUAAUUAUUAUAGUUAUUAAUUAUUUAUGUAAGAUAAAAUCCUAUCAUUCCAUUUUUUAUGAAAUAUGAUAUUUCUAACUAUUGUAUUGAUAUAAAAUGUUCCCAGAAAUACAGUAGCUACUUGGAUGCCUUGAUAAAUUUGUCGCCUUAAUUUGAUCAGUCUACAUCUUUUCCAUUAAGAUGUUAGUUAUAGUUUGUAUUAUGUACUGCAUGCAGUGAUGGGUUUUUUAAAAGGAUUGUGAAAAAUGUGAUGUAUCUUAAUUGAUAAUUUCACCAGAUUUUUUAAAAUAUAUUUUUGUCAAAUAUUACUUCUGUGUGAUUAACUAUGUCAGAAAUUAUCAAAACACUCAUUGAUGUGUUAUUUUAUUAUCUUGUCAUAGGUCAAAUCUUUAUAUAAAUUGUAAAGUGAAAUGUUAUGACAUAGGUUAUAUUAACAUGAUUAACAGUUUGAGAGGUAAUCUCAUCACAUUUUCUUAUGUCAGAGGUUACCAGAGAAUAUUUGUUGGUGUACCAGGAUAUCACAGCACAUGUCAAUGGUUAUCAACACAUUUUAUUGUGUCAAAGAAUGUGAAUUAUUAUUGGCGGGAAAGGUUUGUUAUACAUGAGAAGAGAGGUUGUAUGAUUUGUGAUAAUAAAAUAUAUUUUUUGUGACCAAAUGUAAAUAGAUUAAAAUUCUACAAUAUGUUGCUGACAGAAAAUACAUUGAUUGAUGUGCAAGAAAAUAUUGCUUUAAAAAUGAAAUAAAACCUCUUUUAAUUUAUGAUAUUUGAAACAAUAAUAGAAUAUUAGAGAAAUCCUUACACAUAUAUAUAUAUAUUUAGUAGGGUACACAAAUGCAAGACCAAGCAAGAUCUUUGUAAAGAUAUUUUGUAAAUAAGAAAAUAUGAAAAAAAAUAAGUUUUUUCUAGAAUGAAAACGCAAUGGUUAUUGACAAUUUUUAAGAAUCUGUAAGGUGUGUAAGUUGUGUUUGUAAGUUGCAUUAUCAGUAGAGUGAGUCUGAAUAUUUAUAUAACUUUUUGAAUUUCAGUCAUUACGCAGGUACUUAAAUGAAGACACCGUAAUUUUGUUCAAUUAUUUCUAUUCUUUAAUAAACGUUAUUUGUAAAAUAUAUUUAUUUACACCUUUUUAGUGAUGUAAAGUGGCUAUAGACAGUCAUUCUCCCCAUUUUAGUUUUCAAUUCUACAAAAUCAAAUGAUUUCAUAAUGCAUUUUACGAUGAAAAGUUUUCUGUUUCAUUUAAAUAGUUAACACUCUGACUUCAGAAGAUUCUAAUGGUCAACAAACACCCAAUAAAUCAAUAGAUUUGUAAGGACCUUUACUUUUUUGUUGCAGCAUAUGAUUGCAAAAUACAAUUAUUUUUUUGUAAAGAUACACACAUUGGAUAGUCACAUGGCACCUACCUACCUAAUUUCUUUUUUUCUAGAUCUAGAAUGUAGUUUAUGUUAACUAACAAUUUAAACUACAGCCUUCUGGUCUCAUUUGUCAGAUAUAAAUGUACAAAUAUGGGCUCACCUAAAUUAUCACAUGGUCAUAUGGGAUGAUGAAUAGCAGAAAUAUGAGUAGAUUAUGGUAAUGUAGUUUGAGGGCAGUAUAUUUUGUCUUUUUGUUCACAUUUGUGAAUGAUAUGCAGUGCCAGAUUCUAUUAGUGCUUGUUUAUUAUUGGCUAACGGCGGCAUUGAAAAUAAAUUUAUGCAUGGUUUGUGCAUCCUGUUCCCAUGCGCAUUUUUCUAAAUUAGCCAUAAUUGGCACUGCAACGAUUUGGGUAUCAUAAAGCUUUGACAUGCACAUUCAAUAUGUAGUGAUAAUGCGGUACAGUGAGGUUGUAAUAAGUUGGCUUUGCCAAUAACCUGACAUAUUUAAUAGUAGAUGGGUAAUACUUGAUGAUAUUCAGUGACCAAAAAUAAUCUUGUAACAGUCUACUCUGUUCCUCUGAAGGAAAAUAUAAUUUUGUUGCAGUUUUGAAAAAUGUUCGUCAGAUCAGGGAGUGUUAUAAUCACUAUAACUACUCCUGGUCAGAUCCAAGUACAGUAAUCUUCAGUGAAUUUUCGCAUGAUCAUCUAAAUACAGAUUUGUUUAUAAUGAUGUAGCCAUCAUUAAUCAUUCGUUCAUAAAUAUAAUUUUUAUUUUUAUUUAUUUGCUGUCGAUUACAAUAAGAAAUAAUUAUUAAUUUUUUAUGAUGAUAAUAUUUUUUUGAGGAUUUACAAUAUUGCGUAAUGUAUUUACAAAGUUACAAAAGCUGAACGCCGAUUUUUAACAUUAUUGGUCAAUUCUUGUCAAACACACAUCGACCUUUGCACAGUACAUAUGUUUGUCUCAAGUGUAGUUAUAAAUUGAAGCACAACCUUAAUAUUUGAUCAUCUGGAAUUUAUUUAAAUGUGUGCAAUGAAACUAGAUAGAUAUAUUGUGGUUCUAAAUAUGGCAAAUUAAAAAAGUAUCCGUCCACAGCCAGAGGGUCAAGUAGUAAGUUUAUGCUAUGAAUGCCCAAGUCGGGGUAACUUAAGUCUUAAGAGUGUCAACAAACUUAUUCAUCUUUUCAAAGAAUUUGCUCGAAAUAUAACCUGUUCUUUCCCUUUCAAUUUUCACUGUGGUAAAGAAGUGGUAUAUAUAUUUUUUGUAUUGUAAAAAUACCUUGGAUAAAUUUUUGCCAUAAAGUAGUGAUUUUUUCUCAAAGUUUCAUGGUUAAACACUAUUAUUUGGAGUAUUUGAAAGUAUCUAUGAAUACUCUUGAAUAUUGAGUGUUUGAAAAUGGAAUAAUUCUUGUAAGUAACUAAGAAUUUGUUAGUGUUUUGGUAAACAGCAGGAGUUAUCCCGUUUCCAUACAUAAUUGAAACCAGGUGAAAUUAUAUGAGCUUUUUGAGUGUUUGUUAAACAUUUUUUUCACAUGUAAAGUGAUAAAACUGUUGGUGUGUGUCAAUAAACCGAGUCAUCUUCA